AACUAAUGUAUUGAAACUGAUUUAACUGUUCAACAUGAUGCCUCUUUUUCUUCUGUAGAUCACCAUCAUGAAAUUCGUGGCUCUCGCUCUCGCUGUUUUGCUGGCUGUCGGCUCUCAGGCCGCUUCCCUGCAGGCCGAUGCGCCCUCCCAGCUGGCCCAUAUCAGGUCUGUUGCGGAUAUCUACAUGACUCAGGUGAAGGAAGGUGCCAUCAAGGCUCUGGAGCAGCUUGAUGACACUCCAUACCAGGAGCUCAAGGCCACCCUGGUUCAGCGCCUGGAGACCCUGCACGCUCAGAUCAAGACCCUGCAGACCUCUGUGUCUCCCAUGACUGACAGCGUUGUUAGCACCGUCUCUGAUGCCACUGCAGAUUUCCGUGCCAAACUCACGGCCGACAUCGAGCAACUGAAAACUGAGCUCGAGCCCAAACGUGCUAAGCUUAUGGAGGUCAUUGAAAAGCACUUGGAGGAGUACCGCACCCACAUGGAGCCCAUUAUCCAAGAGUACCAUGCCAAGCACACCGCUGACAUGGAAGCUCUGAGGGCCAAGAUGGAGCCCAUUGUGGCAGAGCUGCGUCAGAAGAUGUCCACCAACAUUGACGAGACCAGGGCCGCCCUGAUGCCCAUGGUGGAGGCUGUGCGCACCAAGCUCGUUGAGCGCCUGGAGAACCUGAAGGAGAUGGCUACCCCUUACGUUGAUGAAUACAAGGAGCAGCUGAAGACGGCCUACGGCCAAGCUCAGUCCUUCAAAACCGAUGAUCUGGCUGCCUUGAGGGAGAAGAUUGCACCUCUUGCCGAGGAUAUCAAGGCAAAGUUCUCAGCCAUGUUUGCCCUCAUCGCUGAAACCUUCACCAAGAACUAAAUGCUCUGUGUUCCUUAAACUAACCUUACCUUCCUGUCUGUCCUACAUCCAUUCCACCUUUCUCUCCAUUCCUACUUCUCUCAUACACACCACCUCCUGCAAUGAAGCUAGUGCCCAAUUGACAAACAAAAAUGGCGGGACUUUUUCUCUUCCAAGCAAACAUCUCAGUUUACGCGCACAUGCUCACCACAUGCAAGCACACACAUAGAGACACAUGCAUAACCAUCUUUACACACUGCAUUCCAACUGCUAACAUUUUGUGUAUGAAUUGUAUGUGAAUCUUUGUGUAAUUGUGAAAACUGUGCUUUGAUGAAAGAUACAGUUCAAUAAACAUCUAACUGUUUAUACUA